AUAUGACAGAUGCGUUUCUAAAUUAAAGAUGGAAACCACUCCAUAAUGCACAAACAACAAACGACAUUUACACCAAAUAUUUUGUUUAAAUGAAAAAAAAAAAUUCAUAAAAAUAGUGAAUACAAUUGAAUUAUUUUGAUACGGUGAAUAAUAAUAAGAAGAAAACCUUCAAAAUGAUGAUGCCAAGACGAGGUGGCAAACGCAUCCGAAUGGAUGAUCCUGUUCCGAUGGAAUAUGAAGAAGAUAUGUAUCGUGGCGGUGUUGGUGGCAGUAGUGAUCAUUUGAAUGAAAGUUAUUCAGAUCAAGGCGAUGGAGAAUCACCAGUUAAAGGUGGUCGCAUGACUAGAUUGAGGGCUAGGGGUGGUAUACGUGAUCGGCCGCCAAUUAUUGAUGAUGACGAUGAGGAAAUAUUUCGUGCGACACCACCGACACAAUCAACCCGUAAGCGCAAAGCAGGACGUCCACCUCGGCUAGUUGUCGAAAAAGUUGUGGAACGAGUUGAAAAACCGAUUGUGGAGAAACCACCAGUUGUUCAUCAUGACAAUCGUCGUGAUAAUGAACGAGAUGUAACAGAGGAUGAAAACAGUUUAUACUACAUCAUUCGAAACUCAAAAUCAGCGAUAGCGAGCAUCGUUGAUGAAUGGAUUGAGAGUUAUAAGCAGGACAGAGACCUUGCACUCAUGGUUUUAAUGCAGUUUUUCAUCAAUGCAAGUGGUUGUAAAGGUCGCAUUACACCUGAAAUAUCAUUUAUGGAACACACCGUUAUCAUUCGAAAAAUGACAGAAGAAUUCGAUGAAGAAAGUGGUGAAUAUCCAUUGAUAAUGCCAGGUCAACAAUGGAAAAAGUUCAAAGUAAACUUUUGCGAUUUUGUGCAAACGCUCGUCAAACAAUGCCAGUAUUCAAUUAUUUUCGAUCAAUUUCUAAUGGACCAUUUGAUUUCAUUGCUAACCGGUUUAUCGGAUUCACAAGUUCGUGCUUUUCGUCAUACGGCCACAUUGGCGGCCAUGAAACUUAUGACGGCUUUGGUUGACGUUGCACUCUUGGUAUCGGUUAAUUUUGACAAUGCAGCACGUCAAUAUGAAACUGAACGAUUAAAAACACGAGAUAAACGUGCCAAUGAUCGAUUGGAAUCGUUAUUGACAAAACGCACUGAAUUGGAAGAGAACAUGGAAGAAAUCAAAAACAUGUUGACUUACAUGUUCAAAUCGGUGUUUGUGCACAGAUAUCGAGACACAUUGCCCGAGAUUCGGGGCAUAUGCAUGAGUGAGAUUGGUGUAUGGAUGAUUAAAUUUCCAGUAAAUUUCCUGGAUGAUUCCUACCUCAAAUACAUCGGUUGGACCCUACAUGACAAGGUUGGCGAUGUUCGUUUGCGGUGCUUACAGGCUUUAUUGCCACUGUACGCAUCUGAAGAUCUCAAAGGCAAACUGGAAUUGUUCACAUCCAAAUUUAAAGAUCGUAUUGUUGCCAUGACAUUGGAUAAGGAAUUUGAUGUGGCUGUCAUUGCGGUUAAAUUGGUGAUCAGCAUUCUCAAAAUCCAUCCAGACAUUCUAACGGACAAAGAUUGUGAAAUCGUUUAUGAAUUGGUGUAUUCGUCACAUCGUGGUGUUGCUCAGGCGGCCGCUGAAUUCUUGAAUGUACGACUUUUCCAUUUGGAUGAAGAUUCAAUCGAUGUUGUUAAGACGAAACGUGGCAAAAAACGUUUGCCGAAUACACCAUUGAUUCGGGAUUUGGUACAAUUUUUCAUUGAAUCUGAAUUACACGAGCACGGCGCAUAUUUGGUGGAUUCAUUCAUUGAUAACAAUCCAAUGGUGAAAGACUGGGAAUGUAUGACCGAUCUAUUGAUGGAAGAGCCCGGACCGAACGAAGAACAAUUGGACAAUAAGCAAGAGUCAACAUUGAUUGAGAUUAUGGUUAGCGCUGUUCGACAGUGUUCUAGCGGUGAACCGCCAGUUGGACGCGGCACAAGUCGCAAAAUGACACAAACGUCCAAAGAGGUGAAACAAGUGCAAGAAGACAAACAAAAGAUGACUGAACAUUUCAUACAAACAUUACCAACAUUGUUGCAACGGUACGGUGCCGAUGCUGAGAAACUAGCCAAUUUGAUGGCCAUUCCACAAUAUUUCGAUUUGGUGGUUUAUACCAAUUCCCGACAAGAGGCUAAUUUACAAGCAUUUUUGGAUAAAAUGGGCAGCAUAAUGCUUAUGCACAACGAUCGUGAUGUGCUCGAAACGUGUUCAAAAACAUUGGAAUUCUUGUGUACAGAAGGCAGUGGCAUUUUCACAAAAUGUGAUAUUGCACGAUCAAAUAUCAUCGAUCAAUGUGUAAAUCGUUACAAAGAGGCCAUCGACGAUUGGCGUAAUUUGAUUGCCGGUGAAGAGGUACCAAACGAAGACGAAAUAUUCAACAUCAUUGUCAGCUUGAAGAAAGUGUCCAUUUUGUAUUCGUGUCACAAUUUAAAUCCAUGGGGCAUUUUCGAUUCAUUGUACGAGGAUCUUGAUGAGUGCCAAUCACGGACAGCAGAAGGCAAGGCACUUCCAAACGAGGCAUUGGUUUAUUGCAUCGAAUCAUGCUAUUUCGCAAUAACAUGGGGACAACACUUUUUGGAAAAUACAUGCGAACCACAAAAUCAAGAAGAGGCGUCGUUAAUUCUGCAACGAAAUCUCUUCAAAUUUAUGAACGUCUGCACUGAACUAGUGCGAUCGAGUAAAGUUAUUGAAAUUCGAGAAGCAGCUUUCAAAUCAAUUUGUGACCUCUUGAUCAUUUUCUCGGACGUACUGGCUUCGAUAAAUCCCGUUUAUAAGAAACUUCAUUUUAUUUCAACGGCCGAACAGCAAGCUGUGCUGAAUGGAUUUGUUCAGCAUUAUGUAUUUGCUACACAAGAAGAAGAGAGCCAUGAUGAAACACGCAUCGAAGAAUUGCACAAAAAGCGAAACUAUUUGGCCGCCUACUGCAAAUUGAUAGUGUACAAUGUAAUCCCGAUCAAGUCAGCUGCGGAUAUUUUUAAGCAUUAUCUGCGCUGUUACAAUGAAUACGGAGACAUAAUAAAAGCAACAAUGGGAAAAGCACGUGAAAUCAACAAAAUCAAUUGUGCACUCACAAUGUGUAUGAGUCUGAUUACCACAUACAAGGAAAUACAAAAGGUCAACGAUUCGAUUUAUGUAUCGAAAAAUGCACAAGCAUUCACAGAUUUAAAGGAAUUGGCAAAACGAUUUGCACUUUCAUUCGGUUUGGAUGCGGUGAAAAAUCGGGAGGCCAUCAUUUCAUUACAUCGAGCUGGUAUAUUAUUUGCUGUGCAAAGCAAUAGCGAUGCCUUUGAUGAUCCGUCAGCACCACCACCAUGCUUGCUAUUCCUUGAGAUUUUGAAUGAAUUCACAAACAAAUUGUUGAAACAAGAUAAGAAAGUUGUAUUGAACUUCUUGGAACGACGCGUAUCACCGGGAAUGCCAUCGAGUCGAGCAGAAGACUGGCAACCGUUACAAAAUUAUAAAAACGCAUUGAUGCACGGUGAAACUGAUCAAGCUCCAGUCACAUCAAAACGAGCAUAUACAAAGCGUCGAAAGGAGCAGGAUGCAAACGAAGAAGAUGACGAAGAGAAUGAGAAUUCCGAUGCCGAUCCAGAUUUUAGAGGAUAGAAGAAAACACAUUUUGCUUUUGUGAAACGAAAUUUAAGAAAUAAAAAUCUCAAUGUCACAUUAAUUUAGAAACCAUAGCCAAAAUAAGCCAAUAAAGAAUAAGCAAAAUUAAAAUCGAGCGGCGAUUA